AUUUCUUGAUCAACCACUAAAACUAUUCAAAGAUCCCAUCUUCUUUCUUUUUCUGAAAUGGGCAUUCAAUUGACGGGAUUGUCUCACGCAAAGCAAAAGCUUCGGAGAAGUUUGUCGGCGAGAAUCGCGAGCCUCUUGGCCACGUCGGGUACUAACAACGUGCCGAAGGGCCACGUGGCUGUUUAUGUGGGGGAGACGUGCAAGAAGAGGAGAUUCGUGAUCCCGAUAUCCUAUCUGAACCAUCAUUUGUUCCAAGAUUUGUUAAACCUGGCCGAGGAAGAAUUCGGGUUCGACCAUCCGAUGGGCGGCCUUACGAUCCCUUGCAGCGAAGAUUACUUCACGGCUCUUGCUUCUGCACUUAGCGGUUCAUAAUUAUGGGCAUUUGAUUAUCAUUAUUCAGCCCAUUUUGAAGUUUUUUCUUGGUUCUUUUUCUGUAUUCAUAAUUUUUAUUUCAUCCGAAUGAUGAGAGACUGCAAGCAAGUUUCUUCAAUUUUGGAUCCAAGAAAUGAUCGUUCCUAUGAGUUCUUUAACCAUUCAAUUUGUAAAGAAUUCAG